AUGCAUGCGGUGGAGGACGUGGAGGCCUCGCUGCAGAAGGACGGCCAGGGCGGCUUCACCAACUCCUCCUCUGCCAACAUCGUCCUUUACGUCGGCCUGGGCAUGAUCGCCAUCGGACUCAUCAUCACGUUCGUCGGGCUCGGCGAACGAGGGUUUCAGACGGACGAGCUGAAGCUGAUCGGCCCCAGUCUGAUCGGGUCCGGUCUGCUGUUCUGUCUGCUGCGGAUAUUCUCCUGCACAAUCAGCGCCUAUCGGUGCUGUCGGUGCUGCCGCUGCUGUCGUGGCAACGAGGAAGAAUCUCAGCUGAUCAGUCCCAAGCCGAGCAGAGUGCACAAGUCGGCCGGCGCUGUGACACGCCCGUCGGUCCACCCCAACUUUAUCAGUGACGGCGAGGAGUCAGAUGCCGCCGUGCUGGAGACUGAUACAGAUGGGGACACCAGUCACGUGCCGGUGCUGCCACCCAUCAGGGGCGGCAGGAGUGUCGGCUCCGGCGCCACCGCCCCCAACUCGGCAGAGGUGCUGCUUGACCCGCAGGGUCUGGAUCGACCACACUCCCGAGGGAGCGUAAUGGGGCCUCUGACACCACGAAGAAAGGAGAGCACCUCGUCACAGAUCGAACACGAAAUCGAUGACCUCAUCAAGUGAUGACGAAAGAAGAGAAAAUUGUUCCUCGAAGCUGAAAGAUAUACACCGUUUUGGCAAGAAAUGGACUUGUUGCACGGUGAAUUAUUAUAUUUCGAGCUAUCAGAUGAUCAGACUGGAUUGGAUCAGAGGAAGAUUGAUCAGGAAGGAUUCCAAUCUCGGGGCUAUCUGAGGAUUCGUGCUGGUGUUCAAAGCGACUGAACCUCUAGUGACUGACUCCAGAGACUCUCGUGGUGUGCUAUAUUGUGAUAAUGUGUUGGAGGUGUUACGAAAUUCUGGGCAUCAGCCUGAUAUUCUGCUACAAAGCAGACUUACAGAGUGUUUACUGAACUAGAUGUGAUGCACUGGGACGAAUUUAUCGAUCCGCUACACAGGAUCUCAAGUGAGCUGAAGUCGAUCUUUUCAGUGGAUGGACAUGACAUGCCUUCGCUAAACGGGACAUCAGACUAUUCCACCGGUUAAGUGACUAGUGGCAUCAGAUAAGCGGUGGAGAUCGAACUAUGU